AGUUUGUCCAUACUACCUGUCACGCACACUUAAACAACACGCUGAUGUCAUCUUCAUGCCAUACAACUACCUGCUUGACCCAAAGAGUCGAAGAGCACACAACAUAGAGCUGAAAGGAGCUGUGGUUAUUUUUGAUGAGGCUCAUAAUGUUGAGAAGAUGUGUGAAGAGUCCACCUCGUUUGACCUCACCCCAUACGACCUGAUUUCUGCCAUUGAGGCUGUGGAUCGACUGCUUCGGGAACAAGCCUCAGACAUCAGCAAAGCAGAUUCUGCUGAAGAUUUUAAUGUGGAAUCACUGAACUCUGGAUUGAAACUGGAUAUUACUACAAUUGCAAAGAUAAAACAAGUUUUGAUGGAUCUGGAAUCUUCCAUAAACGGUUUUGAGAUGCCAGCAAAUAAUCAAGGAAUCACCAAACCCGGCAGUUUCAUAUAUGAGCUUUUUCAAACAGCUCAUGUGAACUCUGAAACUAAAACGGCUGUGGUGGAAGCCAUGGAGCAGAUCACUGGAUAUUUAGCAGGGAGGCCUGGUGUCUUUCUGAACACUAGCGGACUACAGAAAGUGGCGGAUAUAAUCCAGCUGGUGUUUGGGGCUGAACCUCCAGAGGGCAGCAAGAAAUCACAGAUUGGAAACAGCAUGAAGGAGUUUAAGGUCCACAUUCAUCCAGACACCAGCAACUUCAAGAAGAAGCAGGUGACUGAUGUAUGGGCUUCCUCCUCUACCAAAAAACAAGGGAAUGUGCUGAGUUACUGGUGUUUUUCGCCGGGGUUCAGCAUGCAGGAGUUGCUCAGACAGGAAGUGCGCAGCAUCAUUCUGACCAGUGGAACUCUCUCGCCUCUCUCAUCCUUCACCUGUGAAAUGCAAAUUCCUUUCCCUGUAUCCUUGGAGAAUCCUCACGUCAUCCAGCGUGAUCAGAUCUUCGUCAGCGUCAUUGAAAAAGGUCCGGAUGGUGUGCAGUUGAGCACAGCCUUUAACAGGAGGUUUGUUCCUGAAAACAUGUCGUCCAUGGGAAACACUCUGGUAAAUCUGGCACGGGUGGUGCCUCAUGGAUUGCUGGUGUUCUUCCCCUCGUAUCCAGUGAUGGAUAAGACUCUGGAGUUCUGGAGGGCUAAUGGACAAGCGGAUCGCAUUGAGCAUGUGAAGCCCAUGUUUGUAGAAACGAGGGGGAAAGGCACUUUUACAGAGGUGAUUGAUGGUUAUUAUGACAAGGUGAACGACCCAAACUCCAGCGGAGGCAGCUUCUUCGCCGUAUGCAGAGGAAAGGCGAGUGAAGGGUUGGAUUUUGCAGACACGUACGGUCGAGGGGUUGUGAUCACUGGGCUUCCCUUCCCCCCCAGGAUGGACCCCAGAGUGGUGCUAAAAAUGCAGUAUCUGGACGAGAUGUGCAAGAAUAAAAUUAGUGGAGUGAAGUAUCUGUCUGGGCAGGAGUGGUACAGGCAGCAGGCCUCUCGAGCUGUCAAUCAAGCCAUUGGCAGAGUGAUCCGGCACAGAGAAGACUACGGAGCUAUCUUCCUCUGUGAUCACAGGUUCAAAGGCACCGAAGCCCGUAAUCAGCUUCCUUCAUGGGUGAGGCCGUAUGUUAAGAUUUAUGAUGGCUUUGGGACCAUGGUCCGUGAUGUGGCUCAUUUCUUUCGGACAGCGCAAAAAACUAGACCAGUUCCUGUUAGGAAAGACAAAGAGGCCUGUAAAAACCAGACAGACACCGGGCCGCUCCACACAGGUUCCAGCUGUCCUGCUAAGAGUGUCUGUCUCAGGGACACCUCUCAAAAGGCUAAAACACUAGACUCACACGUCCCCAGCCUAAAGAGGAGAAAAUUAGACUCAGAAGAGCAUUCUGGGAGGGAUGGAGCGGCCAGACUUUGCAUUCAAUAUGAGAUGGAGAUGACCAGUAACAGGAAACCAGUCAGCCUGCUGGAUGCCCUGGAUGACACAACCAACAAAGGAGGAAGGGAAGACUUCAUGGCUGGGGAAGAAAGAGCGAGUCGCUUGUCGACUCUUUCCCUCCAGCAUGACAAACGUCUGGAUGAUGAAUCGAGGGGAGGGAAACGGAAAAUUAAAGUGGUUCAAGAGCGGAAAACAGUGGCUCCCUGUACUGAAAAAACAGGCAAAGCUUUCAUGAUGGAGCUGAGACGGUGCCUGAGUCACGAGAACUUCAAGCUCAUCAUGGAGGCGCUGCAGUCCUACAAGACAUCCGAUGACCUGAGUGACCUUCUUACUAAUGUGACCGAACCGCUCAUGCAAGACCCCAACACACACGGUCUGCUCAGAGGUCUUUAUCAGUUUAUUCGACCACACCAUAAGAAAGAGUUCGAUGAGCGUUGUUUGGAGUUAACAGGUGAAGGCUGUGGCUAUAAACAAGAGCAUUCGCUGUCCAGGGAGGAGCGAGAUGCUCUCAGGCAGAACACCGCAAAAAGUGAGAUGUCACCUGUGAAUCCACCCAGUGAACAGCUGAACAAAGGUGGUUCUCACCUGCUCAGUGGUGGAGAUGGUAAAAUUGGAGUGAAGGUGAGAAGUGAAGUCCAAAAGCCAGAAACAUCCAUCAAAGAAGGUCUGUCGUGCUCCUCUUUGCUGUCGGACAUUAAACAGGCCAUCGGUGCAGAAAAAACCCGACAGAUGUUUUUGGCCUUGCAGGCCUAUAAAACAUCUAACAAUUAUGAACAGAUGGUGCCAACUGUUGUGAGUUUAUUGACAGAGAGAGAUGAAGACAUUCCUCUACUAGAACGGUUGUCUGUGCUCAUUCGACCACAGCACAGGAAGCAGUUCGGUGAGCUGCUAAAAUCCUUGACUGGAAAUGAUUCUGUUGCAAACCAGGGUUCAGACAUGGGAUCAAGUCAACUAAAUCAAGCAUCUCCGUUAUCUGCAGGAAAGACUCAAAGCAAGAUAUCAUCCUUCUUUUCAUGAAUGAUGCUCUAAAAUAUUGCUUUAAGCUGCUCUAAGAUAUCAGUAUCUUCAUAUUUUCUUUUUUACAUAUACCAUGCAUGAAUAGAUUUGAACAGGAGAAUGUUGGAGGAAACAAUUGCACAACUGAUAUGUAUGUUGUUAUAUUUUGUCAAACACUUUACAUUAAUUUCUUUAAUAAAUAAAUUAACUUUA